UCUAUGACUAUAACCUAAGAAUUGUUCUCUCGUUUUCAUUUUCCCCUUCAAAUAUACAAGUAAACAAUAAAAUCAAAGAAUGAAUAAUUUAACAGGAAAUAAAAUGUUGAAAACAAUUACAGGAUUGCGAAGGUUUAGUAGUUGUUCUGCAUUAUUUACGAAAAAUUGGCGCGUCGCAAGAGGUCUUCCAGUGAACCGGAAUGCUGAAGGAAUUCUGACCGAUGGCCCGGACUACACCUUCCUUGAUGGAAGACCUACACCUUUGUUGCAUAAACAAAAACUAAGGAUGCAACGACAGAGGCAACUAGCUGAACAGAUAGUGACAUUAUCCUCCGAACUGCAGUUUGCCAAAGAUAGAUAUCAAAAGAUACAAAAAGAAGAACAAGAGAAACGACAAGAAAUCUUAAACAACAGACUCAAACCAAAAGGAAUGAUGUUGCAGAAGAAAAAUUUAUCAUAAAAAAUGUAUUUGUAAAGUAGUUGUAAAUGAAUUAGAAAUUGAAAUAAAGAAUACUGUUAUUUCUGCCUUACUGUAACAAAUUGAUUAUGUAGUAUUGUUGGCAGACCUGUUGCACAGUGUUAUUGAUAUUAAAUUAUAUUUAGUAAUGUUCUUGGUUUGUUUGCAUGUGACCAGGAUAUGUAUGGAAAUGGUAGUGCAAGGUAGAGGGGGAAGAGGUCAACUGAAGAAGAUUAUAUGAGAAAAAGAGGAGUGAGUGUUGAGAUUAUGGCUGAUAGAGGAGAAUGGAAUAGAAGAAAUCGCUGUGCCGUCCACGUCUAGUGGGAUAUGGUGGAGAUAAAGAAGAAAAAGAGUUGUUUGUUCAUUGUAUCUUGUUAUUAAUGAGUGUGAAUCCAUUUUCGUCUGGGCACACCUUUUGUAUUUAUAAGAUGUGGUAUAACGAUAGAGGUUAAUUAGUUUUUUUUAUGAGUUAUUUAUUAGAUAUGCUGGGUUUUUAUAAGGAGCACUGAUCUUUAACAUCUCACUAAUUUAUCCAUAUUUUUUAAUGACAUGUAUAUCGACAUAUGAAAAAAAAUAUUGAAAUUUGAAAAUAUAUAAUAUUAUAUU